AAUACAAUCAAUAUAGUUGCCAUUUAGUUGAACUAAAAAUAUUACUAGUAUAAAUAUAUGUAACAUUUUCUCCGUACAUUAUAAACCAAACUUUUACAAACCAAAAUAAAAAAAAAAAACUUCUUAACUUUCCUUCACUCUAACAAUGGCAUCCGGUAACACAACAAGUACUCCUCCGCAUGCCGCUGUUAGCAUGGAGGUACCGCUUAAAACGUCGGCACCGCCACCGGAUUCUAGUUCACGUGGUAGUAGUUUUAAGAAGCAUACAACGGUUGAUGUGUUGUUGAGGGUGUUCUUGUUUGCGACGGCCUUGGUUGCGGUCAUUGUUAUGGUCACUGCUAAGGAAACCAAAAUGAUCCCAGUUACACCGGUUGUAUCAAUCAAACGGGACGCAAAAUUCAGUUAUUCCCCUGCUUACAUAUACUUUGUAGCCGCACUUUCGGUAGCUGCUUUGCAUAGCAUCAUUACUGGUUUAGUAUCGAUUUUGGCGUUGAUUAAGCCAGGAGGAAGCUCAGCAAAGCUACAAUUUCAUUUUGUGAUACUCGAUUCUUUGCUAUUGGGCAUUGUGGCAGCAGCAACAGGGGCAUCAGGGGGAGUUGGAUAUAUAGGACUCAAAGGUAACUCUCAUACAGGAUGGACCAAGAUAUGUAAUAGGUACGAUUCGUAUUGUGACCAUUUCAAGGCCGCGAUUCUUCUGUCUCUCAUAUCCGCCAUAACACUUCUACUGCUCGUUUGGCUCUCCGUUUACGUGCUUUCUAAGAAGAUCGCGAGGCGAUAGUUUGGUUGUCCCGGAAACAUUUUCUCAUGUACUACUACAGCUAUUAGUUAAUUUGAUGUUGUUCAUCUUUUGAAUUUGUGUACUUUACACUUAUGUUGUACAUGUUUUUUAAUUACUUUGUGCUAUUUUUUGGUUUGUGAA